CUCCCUGCGUCCUGGCUCCCGGACUCCCGCCGCGCUCUCUCCGACUGCUUCUCGCUAGUUCCGCCCGCGGUGCGUGAUCCUGCUUGCGACUCGAGAUGCCCGUCUGGGGAGGUGGCAACAAGUGCGGGGCCUGUGGGAGGACCGUGUACCACGCAGAGGAGGUGCAGUGCGACGGCCGGAGCUUCCACCGCUGCUGCUUCCUGUGCAUGGUUUGCAGGAAAAAUUUAGAUAGUACAACAGUGGCAAUUCACGAUGAUGAGAUCUACUGCAAAUCCUGCUACGGAAAGAAGUAUGGGCCGAAAGGCUACGGGUACGGCCAGGGCGCGGGCACGCUCAACAUGGACCGGGGCGAGAGGCUGGGCAUCAAGCCCGAGAGUGUUCAACCUCACAGGCCUACGACAAAUCCAAACACUUCUAAAUUUGCUCAGAAAUACGGAGGUGCUGAGAAGUGUUCCAGAUGUGGGGAUUCUGUGUACGCUGCCGAGAAGAUCAUUGGAGCUGGAAAGCCCUGGCACAAAAACUGCUUCCGAUGUGCCAAGUGUGGGAAGAGUCUUGAGUCAACAACUCUGACUGAGAAAGAAGGUGAAAUCUAUUGUAAAGGAUGCUAUGCGAAAAACUUUGGGCCCAAGGGAUUUGGCUAUGGCCAAGGGGCAGGAGCCCUUGUUCAUGCUCAGUAGAGGCGCAAACCCAGAACCCAGAUCACACACUGAGAAGCUCCACAUAAUCUAGGCACAGAUAAUCUAACACUAAACUGCUGUGAAGUUCUCCCAGUACUUAAGUACUGUAUGUUGCCCUGUACUUGGAUAGGCCAGCUGACUAGUAGGAAGAGAGCACUAUACCUUUUCGCUUUAUUCA